CCGCCAUCCCUCCGCCCCGAGGCUGCCCGGGGGGGAUGCGAGCGGGGCCGCCCCUGCCGCCCGCCCCGCCGCAGGAUGUAGCCGCCCUCGGCCCCGCACUCCCCGCGCCGCCUCGCCGGGAGCCCGCAGGAGGAGCUCCGGGCAUGGAGGGGAGGGAGAGGUGAGCAGAGCCGGCCCCCGCCUGCCCCGCGCCGCCAGCGUCCAGCCUGACGGGGACCAGCGAUGCCUCUGGGGAUGAACAAGCAUGGAUCUCGCUCUACUACCUCUUUGCCUCCGGACCCCACCGAGAUCGUCAGGAGCAAGGCCUGCUCCCGAAGGGUCAAGCUCAACGUGGGGGGGCUGGCCCACGAGGUUCUCUGGCGGACCUUGGACAGGUUGCCGCGGACCAGGCUGGGUAAGCUCAGAGACUGCAACACGCACGACUCCCUCAUGGAGAUCUGCGACGACUACAACCUGGAGGAGAACGAGUACUUCUUCGACAGGCACCCGGGGGCAUUCACCUCUAUCUUGAACUUCUAUCGCACCGGCAAGCUGCACAUGAUGGAGGAGAUGUGCGCCUUGUCCUUCAGCCAGGAGCUGGACUACUGGGGGGUGGACGAGAUCUACCUGGAGUCCUGCUGCCAGGCCCGCUACCACCAGAAGAAAGAGCAGAUGAAUGAGGAGCUGAAGAGAGAAGCAGAGACCUUGAGGGAAAGGGAAGGGGAGGAAUUCGAUAACACUUGCUGUGCCGAGAAAAGGAAAAAGCUCUGGGACCUCCUGGAGAAGCCCAACUCCUCCGUAGCGGCCAAGAUUUUGGCAAUCAUUUCCAUCAUGUUUAUUGUACUAUCUACAAUUGCCUUGUCCCUUAAUACGCUUCCUGAGCUACAAGGCGUGGAUGAAUUUGGGCAGACCACAGACAACCCGCAGCUGGCCCACGUGGAAGCGGUGUGCAUCGCGUGGUUCACCAUGGAAUACCUCCUGCGCUUCCUCUCCUCCCCCAAGAAGUGGAAGUUUUUCAAAGGCCCGCUGAAUGCCAUAGAUUUGCUGGCUAUCUUACCCUACUAUGUUACUAUCUUCCUCACAGAAUCCAAUAAAAGUGUACUUCAGUUCCAAAAUGUACGAAGAGUGGUCCAAAUAUUUCGGAUUAUGAGGAUACUCCGCAUUCUCAAACUCGCCCGGCACUCCACGGGUUUGCAGUCCUUGGGGUUUACACUGAGGAGGAGUUACAACGAACUUGGAUUACUCAUCUUGUUUCUGGCUAUGGGCAUUAUGAUUUUCUCCAGUUUAGUGUUCUUUGCAGAAAAGGAUGAGGAUGAUACAAAAUUCAAGAGCAUCCCAGCUUCUUUCUGGUGGGCAACAAUCACCAUGACAACAGUAGGCUAUGGAGACAUUUACCCCAAAACUCUGUUGGGUAAAAUAGUAGGAGGACUGUGCUGCAUCGCUGGUGUGCUGGUGAUAGCUCUUCCCAUCCCAAUUAUUGUCAAUAACUUCUCCGAGUUUUACAAAGAGCAGAAGAGGCAGGAGAAAGCCAUUAAGCGCAGGGAAGCUCUUGAAAGAGCAAAAAGAAAUGGCAGUAUUGUUUCCAUGAACAUGAAGGAUGCAUUUGCCCGUAGCAUAGAACUCAUGGACAUCGUGGUUGAAAAGAAUGGAGAAAGCAUAGCCAAAAAGGAUAAAGUUCAGGACAAUCAUUUAUCUCCAAGCAAAUGGAAAUGGACCAAGAGAACCCUCUCUGAAACUAGUUCUAGUAAAUCUUUUGAAACUAAGGAACAAGGAUCCCCGGAAAAAGCCAGGUCAUCUUCGAGUCCCCAACACCUGAAUGUCCAACAGCUCGAGGACAUGUACAACAAAAUGGCAAAGACUCAGUCCCAGCCAAACCUUAACACUAAGGAGUCGAGUCAAGCUGGAAAGCCGAAGGAGGAGCUGGAAAUGGAAACCCUUCCCGGCCCCAUGGUGCCGCUGCUGGCGACUCGCACGGACGGCGUGGUGGACAUGAGGAGCAUGUCCAGCAUCGACAGCUUCAUCAGCUGCGCCGCCGAGUUCCCCGAGUGCGCGCGCUUCCCGCACAGCCCGCUCACCGCCCUGCCCUGCAAGGGCGGCCUCGGCCUCCUGCCGGAGCCGGGCAGGCAGGACGGCAGCGCCGCCAGGUACGCCGAGGCCAACCCCGGCUCCGAGAGCGCCCACCGCUCUGCUUUCUUCAUUGACAGUCCCAAAAGCUCCAUAAAGGCCAGUAACCCGUUAAAGCUGAGAUCUCUGAAGGUCAACUUCAUGGAAGAGGACACCAGCACGUUAGUACCAGCAUCAAAUGUACUGAGAACAUACCCAGACCCCCUCAAGGGCCGGGGAGCUACUGCUGCGGCCACAGAUACUUCCUUCCUCUCUGACAGGUCUCUCAUGAGCCCAGAAGCCUCCAUCUACACAACCGCGAGUGCGAGAACCCCCCCAAAGUCACCGGAGCCCCAGGCAGCCAUAGCUUUCAACUUCCACGAUGCUGGCAUACACAAAUACAUAGACGCUGACACUGACGACGAAGGUCAGCUGAUGUAUGACUCGAGUCCGCCUGGAAAUGUGAGCCCCAAGUACAGCGUUGCAAACAGUGGCUAUCUAAAGCAAAAGGACCAUGUUUAUAGAACAGAGAAGAACCAUCUAGAAGCUGCUGCUUUACCCACCUCUCCUAAGCUAAUAGGGCAGAACUGCAUUUACUCUAUGGAAGGUAUCACCGGAAGAACCCAGGGCAAUCAGGAGACUGUCAGACUAGAAAAUCACAUUUCCCCAGAAGUCCAUGUAUUACCAGGCAGCGGAGGACAUGCUAACACACAUGAUCAAAGCAUCUGAGGUGGGGUCUGAA